AUGUCAGAGUUUUCCCCGAUCACCACAGCAAUUUCCAUUUUCAAUUUGAAGAAGUGUAGGUAUGUCCCAAACAACCAAGGUGGAUAUUAUUUCAUCGACGACUCCACACACGCCCUUUUUACAACAACUACCAAAGACCCGUUCAUAGAAGAACUUCCUUAUAAAACUACUGAGUCGAUCGCGUCGUUCUGUUUUGACCAAGAAAACGAUUUGUUUAUAUACACAACGUUGAAAAACCAACGUGUCAUCAUCGUUAAGUAUAAAGACACGAUUUUACAACGCGUGGAAUGCAACGAAGACGUGAAAGGGAUUUCGUUGUUUCAAUCGACUGUUGUGGCAAUUACUGAGACGUUUUUCUAUUACUUUGAUAUCAAAAGAAAGUCUGCUAAGUCGAUGAAACACAAACAAAUGAGCAAUUGGAAGUGGACUGCUAGUUAUAUCGUCUUGAUGACACAAACCAAAAAACAAAUCAUAUUCAGCGUGUUUGAAGUUUGCGACACAAUGCAUUUCAUUCAAGACAUCUCUUUUCCCAUCUCAACAACACUUCCAAUUUCUUUCGACUUGGCAACCAUCUUCAACUAUUCUUUCAUUUUCGCAUACGAACCCAAUGCAAAGUCUGCCAUUGUCAUCCGAAUUGGUCCUCAAAAUGAUGAGUAUAAAGAAGUCAUUAUUCCAGUCUAUACAUUCGCCCAAGUCGCAGUCGUUUCCGACUUUUUACUCGUCAUGACAUUUUCUAUUGGCGUUGUUUAUUACUUCUCAGCCGGGGAGUUCCAUAAAGUAGCCGUUGUUAAAUUGCCACCACUCUCACAAGACAACAUUCGGUUCAACCAAUCUCACUUCUUAAAUUUCAACGAGAGGUCUAUCACUACUUUUGGCAUCGACUUUAGCGCAAUAUCAAGUUACCUUCCUUGUCCCGACAGAACAGCAAUUCUAUUAAAACAUCACUCUCCCGUCACAGUCAUUCAACAAUCACUUUCACAAAUAUUCGACGACUUUUAUAAGGGACACAUUCCGUUUGAGACAAUUCGAAAAAUAUUCUCUAACACAACAAACACGGAAAUCAUUUCUUCUGCACUCUUGGAGUGGCACCCCGACCCCCCAGUGUUUUGUUUCAUCGUGUUGGAAUUCAUUAAUUCGUGCCCAAAGAAGAUACCAGCUGGGGUAUUUAUUAGGUACAUCAACGAGCUUAUUAACGACAACCAAAUCACUCGAUUACUUAUGAUGUUGCAAUGCCAUGUGAUACCAGACGACGAGGUCAUUGCAUUGCACUUGGUGUCAAACAGAGACAAGUGCGACUUUCUAUUUCAAUUUGCACUGGACAUGCUUAAGCGGAUGAAGAACAAAAACACGCAUAUAUUCGAAACACUUAUUAUCCACCAAGAAUACGCAGACGCUCUGAUGUUUGCAAUUACACACAACGUCGACUUGAAAUCAAAGGACAUCUCGGACAUCCUCAGGCACGUCAAGGACACAUUGCUUCUUUUCCAACUCAACCAAUUUCUCAUGCAGAAGUGA